AUGGCGUCUGCUUGUUCAGAGAGAUGGCAAGCUAGUCUAAGCACCAUAUUGAAGAGAAACAGGUACAUGUUUAACAAUCCCCUCAUAAGUGACAUCAAGUUUGCCUUUCCUAAUCACGACAAGCGAAUAAUUCCAGCGCACAAAUAUGUCCUCGCCAUCAGCAGCCCCGUGUUCUUUGCUAUGUUUUACGGAGAGCUCCUUGAGAAGAAAGAAACGGUAGAUAUAACUGAUUGCGACCCGGACAUUUUCCUGCAAUUUCUGCGCUACUUGUACUGUGACGAUGUAAGUUUAAAAAAUGUUAACCAGGCCAUCUAUCUGUUGUAUCUGGCUGAUAAAUACGAUGUCCCUUCGCUCGUAACCAAGUGUGUAAAUUUUGUUGACGGAGCUAUGGAUCCAUUAAACGCCUUUGCCGUCAUCCCUCAUGCAAGGCGUUUUAGGCAUCCUGGACUGGAGGAUAAGUGUUGGGAGGUAAUCGACUACAACGCCAAAGAUAUCGUUUUAAGUGCUUCGUUUCUCGAACUCGAACAUGACCUCUUAGACCGUUUUGUCGAGCGAUCUUCGUUACGCAUAGAUCAUGAAGUAUCACUUUUCAGGGCUGUGGAUAAAUGGGCCCAAAGACGGUGUGAGGAGGAAAACAUGGUUGUCAGUGGUUCCAGUAAAAGGUCCUUACUGGGAGAGCAUCUGGUAAGGAAUAUUAGAUUUUCACGGAUGUCGCCUCAAGAAUUUUCAGACGUAGUAAUUCCUUCAGAAAUUUUGUCCUAG